GCUUUGAAAAAGAAACUCCACUAUACCUGUAUUCAGCACCAAUCUCAACCAUUCAUUCAUUCAUUCAUUUUGUUUCCUUAUUUAUCAAUCAUCACGCUUAGAUGGAGAAAAAGACAGAGUGUAGCACCAAAAGAGCGUGAGAGGAUUCAAAUUCCACUAAUUUAGAGGCUUUUUCAAAUAUGGUGGCAAAAGAGUUAAUUACUCAUUUAAUACCCAAUAAGUGAUAUUACUUGCUUAAAAAGGGACAAAGAAAUCUGAAUAGGUAGGAGUAUCCAAUUAGAAACACUCUGUCUCAAGUUUCCAAUAUCAAAUUUUACCCAAUAAGUUUUUUAGUUGCUUCUACUUGCUGCCAUGGCUGCUACUAAAACAGAGGACUAUGUGCCAUUGAAACUUGUGGUGGAUGAAGAGAGCAACAAAGUCCUCUUUGCUGAAGCAGGGAAGGACUUCGUUGAUAUUCUCUGUAGCUUCUUAACAUUUCCAUUAGGAACAAUCACAAGACUUGUUCAAAAAGAGUCGAACACGGGACCAGUUACAAUUGGUUGUCUCAACAAUCUCUACCAAAGUGUGGCUGAUCUUGACAAAGAAUGUAUGAAAACAGAAACGAGCAAAGAAAUGUUAUUGCAGCCAAGUUACUCACUCAAAGAUUAUUGCAGCGAUCUUAAACUUAAUAUUGACGACUCUCAACCCACAAAUUACUACAUCUGUACGGAUUUUGAUCAUUGCUAUAUGUCUCAUGUUCUUAGCACUUCCUCAAUAUGUGGUUGUGGUAGACAUUUGGAUCCUGUUGUUAGUCUCAAUAAACAAUUCUGCAAUGGAUUUGUUAAUGAUGGUGCAACUUUUGUUAUUACUGAUGAUCUAAGGGUCAUUCCAAACUCCAUGGAUUUUACAAGCUUUAGUAUGCUCCAUAGUUCUGGAAUAAAAAACAUUACUUUGGCAAAGGAAAUUGCCAUCAAUGUUACUAAGCAAAAGGUAUUGGAUCUGCUAAAGUGUUCUUUGGUUUCUAAGACAACUCUGACCGAUUCAUUUUUACGAACAAAACCAACCCUUGAAGAGUCAUCAAGGAUUUUUGCUUACAAUGUUGAAAACACAAACGAUAUUCAAAUCAAACUGAACCUAGUUUUAAGAAAAUCAGAUGGGAAGAUAUUGUAUGCUCAAGCAGAUCAUGAUUUUGCGGACUUACUUUUGAGUUUUCUCACGUUUCCUUUGGGCGGAGUUGUACGUAUAUUUGGAGGGAAUUGUUCCUUGGGCAGUAUUGAUGCUUUGUACCAGAGCAUAGUUGAUUUAGAUGAAAACAAAUAUUUUGUGACGAAAGAAGCAAAGAAAAGGAUUGUUGAUCCUCACUUAGCGCCACAGUUCAAAUUAAGCAACCAAAUUUUACCAAUUUGUCAGCCACGUUCGGAGUUUUACUAUCACGAUGAAUGUUUUAUAACCUGUGAAAAAAGAGAUUACUUUGACGAUUUAACAGAUAAACAAGCUGUUUAUCUUAGAGGAAUUGUUGAAGGUUAUGUGAAGGGGCCAAGAACUUAUGUUGUCACAGAUAACUUGGUUGUAACACAAUCAUCUCCAACUUCAGCUUUACAUUUAAUCAACUAUUUUCAAACUUCUCUUGAUGACCUCAAAGAAAAGGUUAUCAACAUUGGCGUUAAUGAGAUUUUUAGCAUUCUGAAGGCAUCUUUAAACUCAACAUCAACUCUAACAAAUGGUCUUGGACAUUUGGUGAUGGAAGUACAAGAGGAGAAAAUGAUUAAGAUUGACAAGAAACUCAGUUUUUAUUAAGAUUGACAUUUAUGCAAACUAGCGCGUUCAUUUCAUAUUCUUAUUUUUUGUUUGUAUUUCUCCAUGAAUACCAAUAAUCCAACAUAUGUUCUAUCUUUAUUUUUAUUUUUUUAGGAAAAUCAUUAUAUGUUUCUGUGUUGGUAUUUCAAAUGAAAGUCGAGUCCCACAUUGGGUAGACCGAUUUGGAUCCUCAGCAGCGGCAACCUCAGUUGCGGUGCCUGAUACUAAAUAUGAGCCCUUCAAUUAAUCCAUCACAUAUUAAUCA